CAUAGUUACUGUGUCAGACACAACACGUCGUGUAUUUCUCUAAGAAUUGUUCCGUCAUUUUGUUAUAUUUGUCUAUUUUGUCGGUAAUUUUAUGUGAUUAUUCAUAAAAAAUGGCGAAGUUGGUCGAUAUAUACAAUAGCGAAAAAGAACCUGUGAUCAAAAGGAGACAAUUGCCGUUAAUUAUUUAUGAAAAUCUUACCAUGAUUAUGGAUUUGAAUACAGUUGGUUUAAUCUGUGACAAUUCACAAGUGAAAGGGCGAGAAUACGAGGAGUUUUUGCGCAAAUACAGAAUCCUCACGACAGAUGAACUCAAAGCGGCCCUUAGAGUUGAUGCUUCCGAUAUAUUCAACGUUUUAAAUCAAAGCAUUCCUUGUGUUGGCUGUCGAAGAAGUGUGGAACGUCUCUUUUACCAAUUAUGUAAGUCAGGACAUCCUACUUUGGAUCCCUUAGUUCUUAUGCCAGAUGAAAUAAUGACUAUAAGAGAAGAUAAAAUUAUACAUCCACAAUCUUUAGCUACAUUAUUAAAUGGUCACAGCACGGGCAUCGAGUGCCUAAUAGAGAAUCAACCGCGAUGGAAGAAGUCUCAGCGGUGCACGCUGCACUCGCUGGAGGCGGGCACGGCGCGCGGCUGGGUGUCGUGCGGCGGCGCGGGUGGCGCGGGUGGCGCGGGCGGCGCGGGCGGCGCGUGCUGGGGCUGGGCGGCGUGGGGCUGGGCCGGCCGCGCCGCCUGGCGCGCCGCCUGGGACGCCAUGCGUGCCUCCGCGCGCGACCACGUCACGCUCGUACACUUCAACACGCUCCACGACACCCUCACCAACUAUCUCCGCAAACACCGUUUCUGUACCGACUGUAAAACUAAGGUGUUAAGAGCAUAUCAUUUAUUAGUAGAUGAAAAAGAACCACAAAAAGAGAAAGGUUAUGUUGGUGCACUGUAUAGUGGUAUCAAAAGGUGUCUGUUGGAAAAACAUUUGCAUCUCCAAGCCAAAACCAGUUACAUAGAACGCCUUAUAGAAAAAGCUGAGCCUGAGCUGCUUGGAAACCAUCGGGAAAGACAUGCAAAAACACUAGAAAUUGCACAAGAAGAAGUAUUGAUAUGCCUCGGAAUUUGCAUUUAUGAGCGACUCCAACGGAUUUCGCUACGACUGCGUGAAGAGGAAGGCACCUGUCAGACACUGGCGGCGGUUGCGGUCGAAGCUCUAUAUCGAAAGUUUGAGACUGCUGUUGAACACAAAAGUGGAGUAUCGAAAUUACAAUUGCUUUAUGAAGAAAUAACCCAGGAAGAAUUAACUAGGCAACAAAGGAAAGAACAGAAGAAACUCAAGCGACGUAAGAAGAAGGAGAGGCAAGCUGUCGAGAGUAAAUGUAAGGAAGCAGAUUCUGAGGAGCCAGAAGAAAAGUGCCAAUGUGAAGAAUGUUUGUUAGAAGAAAGAGACACACCAACCGAUCUAGUUUCUCCACGCGAUUACACUCAAUGUUUUGAAGCCAGUGGUGAUGCUUGUCAAACUUGUCAAGAUGAUUCAACAAAAAGACAGUCACCGAAAAAAACUGGCAAGAAACGCACAAAAAAUGGUAAUCUAUCUCCUAACGAGCACUCGCAAGACUGUGGUUAUUCUUCUGGAAACAAUGGUGGUUGCUGUGAGACUAUAUCAGGUUCAUCUUCCCUAAUGAGCACUCCCGAGGGUUCAGAAGUGGCAUGUUCCGAUGGAUGCUGUAACCAUGAAAGAGGAGACUGUUUAGAUAUUGCCAAAAAUGACAAGAAUACAUGUACUGGUUUUACACUUUCUCUACAAGAAAUGUUAAUGGACACAUGUUCAUCGGAUGAAGAACAAGAUACUAGUUAUAUUCCUAUAGAAGACGUAUUGGAAUUUAAAUCACGUAGAAAUAUAACAGAGAAAAGACAGGAACUAAGACAGAACUUAAGACAAAAGUUCGCGCAGUUGUGUGUGAGUACUCCACUGCUGACUGCACAGCCCCAAGACAAGCAGGCUGCUUGAGUCCAGCCAUCCCACCAGCCGGUCAUCCUACCCUCACAUGCAGCUGCUGUUGUCAAACAUUCUGUCAUUUUACUACAAAAUGGCACAAAUAUAUCUGCUUCAUGGUCUAUAUGUAGAUGUACAAUGUCUUGUAAUAUGUGUGUCAAUAUUCACAAAUUCUAAAAUAGUAAGUCUCCUAAUCUUCUGAUAGGUAAAAAGACUGUUAUUAUAGUAGUUAUUAUGCUAAUAUAGACAAGAGGGGAUUAAUGGAUGCCCCGUAACUUCAGACAUUAGAAUAAUUAUUUGCUUAUAUCCAUUCAUAGAUACAAUAAAAAUUUAAAAUCAGUAAAACUAAAAUCAUGAAAAAUUUUAUCACAAAGUAUUUAAUUUUUCUCAUCUGUGGCAUGAUUCUAGUAAAAAAUUAUUAAACUAAAUUUAGUAGUAACAAACCAAAGUUGAGAAAUCCCAAACUUCAUAUUGAGUUGGUACUUGUCUAUUCAAUAUGAAAACGAUUUGAUAACAUUUUAGAUGUUCAAGGAUAUCUCAUGAAAACAAAUGUUUUUAACAACCGAGUUGCUGUGAUAUUGUUUUUGUUAUGCGAAUCGUGCCAUUGAUCAAUAAGUCAAUGAUAUCACUGGUUUUAUGUAUGUAAAAAUAUCAAAACAGUAACAUUUUAUCCAGUACACACACACCCAAUUCAUAUUACUUUUCUAAUAUAAAAGAAUUUCUUCUAAAAUAAAAGAAUUUACACAUGAAAUCUACAUUUUUUACAUUCCACAUUGAUGACCAGAAAUUGACAUAAUUAGUUUUGAUGAAUGUUCGAGAUAUUUUUAAUUGGCGUUGCUUAUAAUAUUAAACAUAAUAUAAAACCAUUGAGGCUGAUUUAUAAAACUACCAAGUAUAUACUAAGUAUUUAAUGAUCAUUGACGAAAGUGAUAAUAUAUGUACCUUCGUUACAAUUAUGAUUUGAAUAAGAUGAAAAAAUGUUCGAUAUUGAUAUUUAUGAGUCUGAAUUAUUACAAGAGAUUGUAUUGACUUGCAUAUGGAUUACAAACUUGAUCGGUGAAGUCAAUGGGAGUUUCAUAUAUAUUUUAUUAAACGAUAUUAUUUCUUCACUUAUUGGUAUUAUUAAAUUUUUUUCUUUAAAUCAUGUUAAUGACCCGAUACAUAAAACUUUAUAUCAAGUGUAAGUUUGAGUUGUAUCCACAAUUUUAAAAAUAAAAAUCGACUGGACAAACCCAGCAUUUAAAAAUAUAUUUACUCUUAAAUUGUUAGAGAGCUUAGUAAUGAAAUAUGUAAAGUAGCAUUUUUUGAUCAAAUUAUUUUAUUUUCAACGCUUUAUGUGACUCAAUAUUAUAUGGUACAUGAUGAAUUAAUUAUUGCUCGUUACAAAAAGCUUCAAAAUGCAUGAGGUUUGAAGUUACCUUGGCUAUUUUGCCAUUGUUAUUGAAGUCAAAAAACCUUUGUAACUCAGUUUUAAAAUAUACUAUUAUAAUACAGCGA